CCACAACAAUUACAAUUCUUUCUCCCUCAAUUUAUCCGCUGUAGUCUCGUUCUAAGUAUGCUCUGUGGUUGCGGCUAAGUCCGAUCUUCCACAUAAGAAAGAAUUACUAGAGUUUAACCCUAAAGCCCCCGUCCCGCUAAGCUCCCGUCCCUUACAAACCCAAACUCGUCGAACCUCUGUCCGGCUUCUGCCAAAAAAUGGACGAAGAGGCUCUUCGUGUAGGUUUUUGGUUUUUAUUUUUAAUCAAAACAAUUUGAUUUUGUGAUUUUUUUUUAUCAAAAUAAUCUCUGAUUUCAUUACUUUUUUUUAUAGAUGGGUGCCGAGAUAUACGAUCGUCGAUUGUAUAUCCAUUAUGGGCCAAGAGAUAUGAGACUCUUAACCGAUCAAGAAGCUCAUCGCUCCCGUGCUAUUUGGGAUAACAAUCCGGUAAUUUGAUGAUUUAUUUGCUUUAUUUUACUAUUUUCUAAGGUUUUAUUUUGCUUUAUUUUAACUAACAAAUUGAUGUUUUCCCUAUUUUUUGAAGGAAUCACUUAUUCCCGUCGUUCAUAAAGGGACCACAAACUUGCCCGCUUGGCAUCCACGGUUGGCGCCCUAUAUAGAGAGGACCGGGUUGGGUAUGUUGCGCCAUUUCAUGCGGAUCGAAAUCGACAACGAUCUGCUUACGACAAUGGCGGAGCGAUGGCGUCUCGAAACCCAUACGUUCCACCUUCCGGAGGGGAAAAUGACGAUCACCCUCAAAGACGUGGCGAUCCUCACCAAGCUGCCGAUUUCUGGAGAUGCCAUCAUUGGUGCCACUACCAAACCCGAAGGAGGUUGGGGGCCGCUCAUUCGUGAUCGUUUGGGAUUUGACAUGCCGACCACCACACCAAUUCAAGGACGGGGGCAUCCACCGUUGAAUGCGGGACAAGUAUCGGUCCCGUGGCUGGUAUCUCACAUCCAAAAUGAGGUGGAAAUCAAUGACGAGACUCUGGAAGAUCAAGUGGAGCGCUAUGCACGCAUCUACCUCAUUGGUUUGGUGGGUGGAUUUCUGUUCCCCGACAAGUCAAAUCGGUGGAUUCAAGGCAUAUGGUUUCCAUUUCUCACUGGUGACUGGGACGCAAUCGGGGAAAAGAGUUGGGGAUCAGCCGUGUUAGAUGGCCUAUACCGGUAGCUGUGCACUUGCUCGAAGGUGGUAGCAAAACAAGCUAGUGCUGCGAUGUUCAUCCUACAGUUGUGGGUAUGGGAGCAUCUUCCAAUGUUCGCACCUCUAGACCCACGUCCAUACCGGAGAGCCGAUGAUGAGCUACACUUUCUGCAAAAUCCCCCCUACGAUGUCAAGUAAAUUUUUUCCGUACUU